AUGAAAGGCAAAAACAUUUUACCUGUUCAUGAUAAUGAUUCGGAUGAUGAUGAUGAUGACUCGGUUGAUGAUGAUUCGACUGAUGAUGAUGAUAAUUUUGAUGAUUUAGAUGAUGAUGAUGAUGAUAAUUUGGAUGAUGUGGAUGAUGAUGAUGAUGAUGAGAACUUUGAUGAACGAAACGUCCUCGCUGUCACCUUGCUCUUGUUGAAAGAUCAACUGUAG